UGGAAAUUUGAGUGCUUUUUUGAAUUCAAGAAGGAGGUGCGUCGGGUCGAGAAGGAACCUUUGCUUUUUUAUCCUUUUUUCCCCCACUGUGAUUAUUGCUCCUUUUUCAAUGGCCUUUCAUUCUGUUGGAUUCUGUCUGUAAUUUCUGCUCGUUUGACUGUGGAAGCUCUGUUUUAGCGAAACUAAGAUAAGGGAAGAGGGGCAAAUGAUUGUGCUUUUUGUAGGUUUUCUGAGUUUCUCAUUGGAUGUCAAGUGUUUGAUUCAAACCCUAAUUUUUGAAUCCGAGGAAUGGGCUGCUAAUGUCUACCUACGUGCCUUUCAAACUUUUGGGUCUUAAUUACUAAACUACUCUUGUUAUUUCAAACCCUUGUUUUAAUUUCGGGUUAAAUUAUUUUUAAAUCUGUUUCUUUCUGCGAUGCCUUUUUGUCUUAUAAUGCAGUUCUUCACGAGGUACUGUCAGAAAGAAAGGAAAAAGAUUAAAGAGCAGAACUUUAUCCCUCCAUUAUUUUAAGUUUCAGUCCCCAGUUUCUCAGAGGAAGAGAGAGAGACAAGAAAAUGGGGAAAGCGACAAGGUGGUUGAGGGGCUUGCUGGGGAUGAAGAAGGAGAAGGAACCGGCUGAGAACUCAUUUUCUGGCGACCGGAAAGAGAAGAAGAGGUGGAGCUUCGGCAAGUCCAGCAGGGAUUCUUCUGUUCCGAGGCACAUUCCGGCGAAAGAUUCUGCUCGGCUGAGAUCUUACAUUGCUGAGACAGAGGAGGAGCAGAGCAAGCAUGCAAUUGCAGUGGCUGCCGCCACCGCAGCCGCAGCCGACGCAGCAGUGGCGGCCGCCCAGGCGGCGGUGGCGGUGGUCAGGCUUACAAGCCAAGGCAGAGGCGCCCUGUUCCCCGGCGGCAGGGAGAAGUGGGCCGCCAUUAAGAUUCAGACCAUUUUCAGAAGCUAUUUGGCUCGGAAAGCUCUUCGAGCUUUGAAAGGAUUGGUGAAACUACAAGCUCUUGUCCGAGGCUACCUCGUCCGGAAAAGAGCCACCGCCACUCUUCACAGUAUGCAAGCUCUGAUCAGGGCUCAGGCCUCCGUCCGAUCCCAGCGAGCCCGCCGUUCGCUCAACCGGGACCCCCGAUCUCAGCCCGAGGCUCGAGCUCGAAGGUCUAUGGAAAGUGAAUUCCAUAGCAAGAGGCUCUCAGCGUCAAUUGAAAAUCCGGUGAACGGAUUCGACGAAAGCCCGAAGAUCGUUGAGAUUGACACGUACAAGCCCAGAUCAAGAUCCCGGAGAAUGAACACCUCAAUAUCGGACUACGGCGAGGACCCUUAUUACCAAGCCAUUUCCUCGCCGCUUCCGUGCCCGAUUCCGGCCCGGAUUUCGAUCCCGGAGAGCCGAAGCCACCACGAUUUCGAGUGGUGCUUCACCGGCGACGAGUGCCGGUUCUCCACCGCGCAAAGCACGCCUCGUUUCUCCAAUUCCGGCCGCCCCGUCGCCCCACCAACGCCGGCGAAGAGCGUCUGCGGUGACAGCUUCUUCCGGCCGUAUUCCAACUUCCCGAGCUACAUGGCCAACACUCAGUCUUUCCGGGCGAAGCUGAGGUCUCAGAGCGCUCCGAGGCAGCGGCCGGAGCCGGGGGCGAAGAAGAGGCUAUCGCUGAAUGAAAUAAUGGCUUCCCGGACGAGCUUCAGUGGCGUGAGGAUGCAGCGGUCUUGUUCUCCCGUUCAAGAUGCUUUGAACUUCUGAGAAAGCUCGGCCAUUGUUAUUGAGAUUUUUCGCCUUAGAGUUCCAUAGAAAAAAUUUAGGAGAUGGAUAGAGCAGAUUGCAUGGUUUGUGUAUAUUCUCUAAAGGUGUUUGAUCCAAGUCAUGCUCCACCUCCAUGUAUGAAAACCAGUUUUCGUUUUUCUUCUCCUCUCUUCUCUGUUAAUCACAAUUUCAUGUUUUUAUACCGUUACCAAGCUUAUUUAAGUUAAGCCCCCAUUGCCGAAUUAGAAGAAUU